UCAGAUGUGUUAAUGAAUGUGGAACAGAAGCAGUUGUGUUUAAAAGGAAAUAAAAGACCAUCAAAGUAACCUAUAUUAUAGUAGCAGGCUUGAACACUAAAUGGAUUAUUCCAAAUUGUGUCACAAAUAACCUCCUAGAGACUAGCCUCAGAAAACCUAUUGUUGAACUGCUCUGAAGCUAUGAUUUUAUCAAUAUUAUCUUUCUUAAAAAAUGUAUGUGUCCUAGUUGCAAAUUAGAAUGUUCUUUAGAUCUCCUUAAUCAAGUUAAAACAAUUUGAACAAAAUCUUACCCCACAGUAUUUAGUUGUAUUAAGUUAAACUCUGCAAUAUAAGACCACUUGAAAGGGGUAAUGUUGGAAUUUUUUUGUUUGUUUGUUAUUCACGUGUGAAAAUACAGAACUUAAUUUAAGAAUUACUUCCUAGUUGAAAUGUUUGGAGUGCUUUAGGUAUCAUGUGAACUGUAGAAGUUUUUACAAUCUCUUUUGGUUUGUUUCAGCCGUUUUUCGCUUCAGUAAUUCAUCAGUAGGUUUUCCUUUAAUAGUGAUACCAAUUUAAGGCUAAACUACAUUUUUUAGGGCAUAUCAUUCUACAUAGAGGAAAUGACCCUGUGAGUUUUUCUUUUAUUUCUUCAGAAAUUCUUAGCAAGAAGUUGUAACUAACAUUUGUAUUUUGUUACUCUAGUUAGUUACCUUUCCUUUUCCUAGAUGGUUUAUAAAUUUUGAGUAUAUAGCUAUAUUUGAUAAGCAGGUUGGUUGCUUCUGUUGCUUAGGAGUUGUGUGGGUUUUUUUUUUUCUUUUUAUAAAAUAGCAGCACAAAAUUAUUUUAUUUUGCCUGGUUUGUCAAUAUAGUACAGACCACAUAAAACUUGGAAGUAUGGAAUCUUUGGAGGUAUUAAAGUUAGCAUUUCAUUUAGGCAAUGUGCCUUUGUUUGACUGGUGUAUAAGUCCUUCUUCCAGGUUUGUACAUUCUUAAACACCUCAUUCUACCCUCUAACUCCUCCCAGCAGCAAAAGGGAGACACUUCAACUGGAACAAAGUAGUGGAAGAAAUGGCGUCUGGGGUUCAGUGGGGAUUCGCAGUGUGAGAUACAACUCGUCAACGAAUCAAAUUCAGUGAUGACAGAGUUUGCAAGAGCCACCUUCUCAACUGUUGCCCCCACGAUGUCCUUUCUGGAACAAGAAUGGAUCUUGGAGAAUGCUUGAAAGUCCAUGACCUGGCAUUAAGAGCAGAUUAUGAAAUUGCAUCUAAAGAACAAGACUUUUUCUUUGAACUUGAUGCCAUGGAUCAUCUGCAGUCAUUCAUUGCAGAUUGUGAUAGAAGAACAGAAGUGUCUAAGAAAAGAUUAGCAGAAACUCAAGAAGAGAUAAGUGCUGAAGUGGCAGCAAAGGCAGAACGUGUUCAUGAGUUAAAUGAGGAAAUAGGCAAGUUGUUGGCCAAAGUGGAACAACUAGGAGCUGAAGGAAAUGUGGAAGAAUCUCAGAAAGUCAUGGAUGAAGUAGAGAAAGCACGAGCAAAGAAAAGAGAAGCAGAGGAAGUUUAUCGGAAUUCUAUGCCAGCUUCCAGCUUUCAACAGCAGAAACUUCGUGUCUGUGAAGUCUGCUCUGCAUAUUUAGGUCUUCAUGAUAAUGACAGACGACUUGCUGAUCAUUUUGGGGGUAAAUUGCACCUGGGAUUUAUUGAAAUAAGAGAAAAGCUGGAAGAAUUAAAGAGAGUUGUGGCUGAGAAGCAGGAGAAGAGAAACCAGGAACGUCUGAAACGAAGAGAAGAGAGGGAGAGAGAAGAACGGGAGAAACUGAGGAGGUCCCGAUCUCAUAGCAAGAAUCCCAAAAGAUCUAGAUCCAGAGAGCAUCGUAGACACCGAUCUCGCUCCAUGUCACGGGAACGCAAGAGGAGGACUCGAUCCAAGUCUCGUGAGAAACGCCAUCGCCACAGGUCCCGGUCCAGCAGCCGCAGCCGAAGCCGCAGCCACCAGAGAAGUCGGCACAGUUCAAGAGAUAGGAGCAGAGAGCGAUCCAAGAGGAGAUCCUCAAAAGAAAGAUUCAGAGACCAAGACUUAGCAUCACGUGACAGAGACAGGAGUUCAAGAGACAGAUCACCUCGUGACCGAGAUCGAAAAGAUAAGAAGCGGUCCUAUGAGAGUGCUAAUGGCAGAUCAGAAGACAGGAGGAGCUCUGAAGAGCGCGAAGCAGGGGAGAUCUAACUAGCUGUGUACAUAUCUUCAACCCUUAAGUUUCCUAUGGAGUUACAUGGCUAUUGUUUAGUUCAGGGUGACAGCGAACAGUUCUAGACACAGUCCAGUUAGGCUAGAUGUAUAGUAUCUAAUGAUCUGAACUGAACCUGUUUUCCUUGAUAAAGCAUAAAACCACAUCCAUAGUUUUUUGUGAACCUGAACAUAACAGUUUAUAUGAUGAGAUACUGUUCUCUAAUUCUUUCAAGUUAGGCGUGAUAGUGAAUGAAUUGUGUUAAUGCCUUGCAGUUUUUGAACAUUUGUAAAAUACUGUCUUCCUUUUUAUUCCAAACAGCAGCAGCUUUAGGAAUUUUUUUCUUUAUAAUUCUUCUUCCUUUGACUUUUGUAUCUCCUAAUACCUUCGCCUCCAACUAUAAGAGAAAAGGGUGAAGGGAAGCAAUAUAACUUCUUUUCUAAGGUUCUGUUCACAUUGGUUAUUAGUUGAUUACAGUUGAGCAUUUCUAGUAGAUUGUGUGCUGGAGAAAUUAAAUAUGGGGCUGUUUUGUUUGGGGCCUAUUAUUAGAGCUGGAAGUUGAACAGCUGUUGCAUUACAUACUUUUGCUUUUAUAUUGAAAUUUUGAAAUCAGACUUGUCUUGAUUUUUUUUCUUUUUUUGUUAAACUGCUGUGUUCAGUAUAUUGAGGGGGUAUGGGGGCAGGGACUGUUUCAUAGUAACACCUGUUUUGUCUGUGUAUGUGUGUGUGUGUGUGUGUGUGGAGUUUAAAGACUAUACUCUUACUUACUGUAAAAAAAUAAAAUGCAAAGAAUCACCACCACCACUGUAACUUGUUUAGUAAGUUGUCACUAGAACUAUUUGCUGUGGGUAUUUUCCUCUAUAUUGUAACAUCCUUAACAGUGCCUUCUAUACAAGGCACCAAAGGAAGUAAAUAUUUAACUGUGGAUUCCAGGUGAACUGUUGUUCCACCCAAAUCUUUUGCUGACUAUACUAUACUACUUUAAAGCUGUAUUUAACAGCUUCUGUAAGGAAAGAUUGGACGUGUAGAAGCAACUAAGAGUUGCUUGGUUUGUAUUUCAUAAUUGCCAAGCCUGAAUAAAAACAAUAUGUAACCAACAUA